UGCCUGCUCUCGGUGAGUGCUGAGUCGCUGAGCAGCUUGUUCUCCAUGUGACUUCAGUUUCCGUCAGUUCCUUCCGCAAGUGCGAAAAUAAUCUGAUGCCCCAGAGAGAGCAGGCAGCCCAGCCCCGCGUUCGGCUGCUCUCGAGGAGGAGGAGGAGGAGGAGGAGGAGGAGGAGGAGGAGGCGGGAGCCCCGGGAGAGGAUGCGCCCCGCGGAGCCGCCUGGGCCUGCGGGAGCCUGCUGCCCUUGAGAUGGAGUUACUGCCUCUCUGGCUUUGCCUGGGUGUUCACUUCUUGGCAGUGGAAUGGAGGAACCCAAGCAGAAUGGUCAUGGCGGCUUCCCAAGGGGACUGCAAGUUGCUGGAUGGAGUUGCUGACUGUCGAGGGCAGAAUCUUGUUUCGGUGCCCAGCAAUCUCCCGCCCUCCUCCCAGAUGCUCCUCCUGGAUGCCAACCCUCUCAAGACCCUGUGGAACCACUCCCUGCAGCAUUACCCUCUCCUGGAGAGCCUCAGCCUGCACAGCUGCCACCUGGAGCACAUCGGCAGCGGCGCCUUCCAGGAGCAGGCCCGCCUGCGCAGCCUGGCGCUGCCGGACAACUCCCUCUCCGAGAGCUAUAAGGAGACUGCAGCGGCUCUCUGCCGCCUGCGGGGCCUGCGGAGGCUGGACUUGUCGGGGAACGCCCUGACGGAAGACAUGGUGGCCCUCAUGCUCCAGAACCUCUCUUCGCUGGAGUCUGUGUCCCUGGCUAGGAACACCAUCAUGAGGCUCGAUGACUCCGUCUUCGAGGGCCUGGGGCACCUCAGGGAGCUGGAUUUGCAGAGGAACUACAUCUUUGAGAUUGAGGGCGGUGCUUUUGACAGCCUACCUGAGCUGAGGCACCUCAACCUGGCCUAUAACAACCUCCCUUGCAUCGUGGACUUCGGCCUCACCCAGCUCCGGUCCCUCAAUGUCAGCUACAACAGCCUGGAGUGGUUCCUGGCCGCGGGGGGCGAGGCCUCCUUUGAGCUGGAGACGCUGGACCUCUCUCACAAUCAGCUGCUGUUCUUCCCCCUCCUGCCCCAGUGCAGCAAGCUGCGCACCCUCCUGCUGCGGGACAACCACAUGGGCUUCUACAGGGACCUGUACAACAGCUCAUCGCCGCAGGAGAUGGUGGCCCAGUUCCUCCUCGUGGACGGCAACGUGACCAACAUCACCACCGUCAGCCUCUGGGAAGAGUUUGCUUCCAGUGACCUCUCGGAACUCCGCUUCCUGGAUAUGAGUCAGAACCAGUUCCAGUACCUCCCCGACGGCUUCCUGAAGAAAAUGCCUGCUCUCUCCUACCUGAACCUCAACCAGAAUUGCCUGGUGACGCUCCACAUCCGGGAGCACGAGCCGCCGGGGGCGCUCGCCGAGCUGGACCUGAGCCAGAACCAGCUGUCGGCAGUGCACGUGGCUCCAGGGCUCCGCAGCGGCCUGAGGAGCCUCCGGUCCUUCAACCUGAGCUCCAACCAGCUCCUGGGUGUCCCCGCCGGCCUUUUCGCUGAUGCCAGCAACCUCACUACAAUUGACAUGAGCCACAAUCAGAUCUCAGUUUGUCCCAGGCCGGCAGGCGUAGACCCCGGGGACACCCCCAGCUGUGUGGACUUCAGAAGCUUGGCAUCUUUGAGGCGCCUGUCUCUGGAGGGCUGUGGGCUGAGGGCACUACAAGACUGCUCGUUCCAGGGCACCGCCCUCACCCACUUAGACCUGUCUGGGAACUGGGGGGUUCUGAAUGGGAGCCUCGCCCCUCUCAGGGUUCUCGCCCCCACCCUCCAGGUCCUAUCUCUCAGGAACGUGGGCCUCAGUUCCAGCUCCACCACGGAGCUGGACUUCUCUGAGUUUGGGAAUCUGAGAGUCUUGGACCUGUCGGGAAAUGCCUUGACCACUUUCCCACGGUUCAGGGGCAGCCUGUCCCUGCAGACCCUGGAUCUCCGCAGAAACUUGCUCACAGCCCUUCCUCAGAGGGCUGUGUCGGAGCAGCUCUCGGGAAGUCUGCGGACCAUCUACCUCAGUCAGAAUCCCUAUGACUGCUGUGGGGUGGAGGGCUGGGAGGCCCUGCAGCGCCUGCACACCGUGGCCGACUUGGCCAUGGUCACUUGCAACCUCUCCUCCAAGGUCCUGCGCCUGACGGAGCUGCCCAGAGGCGUCCCUCUGGACUGUAAGUGGGAGCGGGUAGACAUGGGCCUGCUGUACCUCGUGCUCAUUCUUCCCAGCUGCCUCACCCUGCUGGUGGCCUGCACUGUCAUCUUCCUCACUUUCAGGAAGCCUUUGCUUCAGGUCAUCAAGAGCCGGUGCCACUGGUCCUCCAUCUACUGAUCUGGCAGCGUGCCCACGUUAGAAAUCUGGUCUGUGCACGUAAGGACGCUUUCUCUGCCAGAUUUCAAGACCCCCCCACUGCCAAGGAUAAGCCUGCUGAAUCGAGGUUUAAAUUAAAGGUCGAAAUGUUUCCAUCCCUUAGCGAUCCCAAAUUCUUCCUCCCAUCAUUGUGAUAUAUCCGUAUCAUCCUGGUAAAAUAUUUAUUGACAUUCUAUGAAAAUAAAAACCGUGUCCUAUAAAUAUUUUUUAAAUCAAA